GUCGGGGACUUCCGGUGCACGGGGUGCGGUUCCGGGUCGUGGCGCGACUCGGGGCUGCAGGGUUGCUGCUCGGCCGGCCGGCUGCAGCAAGCAACGUGGGCAUGAGGGCGAGCCCGGAAAGCAGUAGCUGAGCCGGCCGGGAGGAGCGACAGCCCCCGAGGAUUCCGAGAGUGCGGAGCUCGGGACAGGGGCCGGGAGGCACGGGGGAGCCGGGCCCUCCCCCAAAGAACGCAUCCCGGGGUCCGACCCCGUCCGUAGUGUGGCAGCAGCUUCAGUCUACACACUUGCAAGCCUCCUUGGAGCCUAUGAGGCAUGCUGGUGGCCUCUUUCCCAUUCAGCUUUGUGCUCAUACCUACUUUCAACUACUGUGAUGCCAUACUGAACUCAGAUUCCUCUACCUCCUUAUCUGGUAGGUGAGCCCGUGAAACAAUAUGAAGAGGAGAAAAUAGCCUUUUAAGGAAAUUGGCCCACAGAAAGGAUGGCCUUCUUGGACAAUCCAACUAUCAUUCUAGCUCAUAUUCGACAGUCCCAUGUGACCAGUGAUGACACAGGAAUGUGUGAGAUGGUUCUCAUUGAUCAUGAUGUUGACCUAGAGAAGAUGCAUCCUCCUUCAAUGCCUGGAGACAGUGGGUCAGACAUUCAGGGAAGCAAUGGUGAGACUCAGGGCUAUGUGUAUGCCCAGUCAGUCGAUAUUACCUCAAGUUGGGACUUUGGUAUUAGAAGACGCUCAAAUACAGCUCAAAGAUUAGAACGACUCCGAAAAGAGAGACAAAACCAGAUCAAAUGCAAAAAUAUUCAGUGGAAAGAAAGAAAUUCUAAACAAUCAGCCCAAGAGUUAAAGUCACUGUUUGAAAAAAAAUCCCUCAAAGAGAAACCUCCAAGUUCUGGAAAGCAGUCAAUACUAUCUGUACGCCUGGAGCAGUGCCCUCUGCAACUGAAUAACCCUUUUAACGAGUAUUCCAAAUUCGAUGGCAAGGGUCAUGUAGGCACAACAGCAACCAAGAAGAUCGACGUCUACCUCCCCCUGCACUCGAGCCAGGACAGACUGCUGCCAAUGACCGUGGUGACGAUGGCCAGCGCCAGGGUGCAGGACCUGAUUGGGCUCAUCUGCUGGCAGUACACAAGCGAAGGACGGGAGCCGAAACUCAAAAAUGCUGCUCAUGGAUUCUCCCUUAUUCAGGUGGACAACACAAAGGUCACCAUGAAAGAAAUCUUGUUAAAGGCAGUGAAGCGAAGAAAAGGAUCCCAGAAAAUUUCAGGCCCUCAGUACCGCCUGGAGAAGCAGAGCGAGCCCAAUGUCGCCGUGGACCUGGACAGCACUUUGGAGAGCCAGAGCGCCUGGGAGUUCUGCCUGGUCCGCGAGAACAGUUCAAGGGCAGACGGGGUUUUUGAGGAGGAUUCACAAAUUGACAUAGCUACAGUGCAGGAUAUGCUUAGCAGCCACCAUUACAAGUCAUUCAAAGUCAGCAUGAUCCACAGACUGCGAUUCACAACCGACGUCCAGUUAGGUAUCUCUGGAGACAAAGUAGAGAUAGACCCUGUUACGAAUCAGAAAGCCAGCACUAAGUUUUGGAUUAAGCAGAAACCCAUCUCAAUCGAUUCUGACCUGCUCUGUGCCUGUGACCUUGCUGAAGAAAAAAGCCCCAGCCACGCAAUAUUUAAACUCACGUAUCUAAGCAAUCAUGACUAUAAACACCUCUACUUUGAAUCUGACGCUGCUACCGUCAAUGAAAUCGUGCUCAAGGUUAACUACAUUCUGGAAUCACGAGCGAGCACCGCCCGGGCUGACUAUUUUGCUCAAAAACAAAGAAAACUGAACAGACGUACAAGCUUCAGCUUCCAGAAGGAGAAGAAGUCAGGGCAGCAAUGACACUGGCCUCCAACCUCCAUCUGUUGCCGUAGCUUAGAGCCUGCCUGCCAGGGCCAGGUGGCCCGAGAGCCGUCCCUGUGUCCCAGUCCUCGGGGGGAGGCCAGCCCCUGGCUCACUGGCACAGGGCUGGUGGGCUCUUGCGGAAAGGGCAGCACCCCUCAGAAUGGAGCUGGGGACAUUUCCACGGGACCGAAGCCUGAGUGGCAGUGGCUGUGAGAAGCCCUGCCCAGGGGCCAGAUGACACCGAGAGGAGCCACGCGCUGCCCAGCCACCUUCACUGCCUGCCGCCCCCUCCCCCCCCCCCAGGAUGUACAUAAGCCUUGCCCAGACAUUUCCGUGCAACUUGAUCAAAUUUCUUAAAUGAAGAACAAAAAUGUAAAUUUCUUUUUUCCUUUUAAUAAACAGGUGUACCCUUUAUCACGGUUGGUAUGACGGA